GUUACAAAAGGUUUUGGUUCCGUUUUGUCUGCACAUCACUUAUAUUGACUUCACUCGUUCCGAGAUAUACGCACAGUUCCACGUGGAGGUACCACUCGGGGUAAACCCCAACAGAGAGGGGUGGCGCCCUCUCCCGACCUCCAGCUCUCUUGUUUGUCCAGCCACUGUCACCUGCCUGCUGUGAAAUUCACCACCUGUGUGUCAAUAACCCGCUCACACAUCCUGCUUCUUUUGUCGCGGCCGUGAUUUUUUCAUCCUGCGAUUCCAACACGCUUGUCGUUCUGAUCGAUUGGCCCCGUAAUUCCAGAACAAGUUCCUGGCACUGGCGCAGCACUGACGUCAGAGCAGGGAGUAUCUGUGACUCCAGAGUCAACAGAGUCCACUCAGAUAACAAAUAACUUCCCUCGCUCUUGAAAUCCUGGAAAAGUGGGAAUUCCAGAGCCGCAGAUAAAAGCCCGUCGCUGCAGCCCAGGACCAGCUUUGGUGGAAUAAAGACCCGGAGCUGAUCACCAUGAAGAUCCGGACGUUUCCUCUGCAGCUGUUCGUCGGCCUGGCCCUGCAGAUGUGCUGCUCCCACACGUGCCGUGUGUCUGGCCCAGUAGCAGACUGCAGCUUCCGAAAACUGCACUCCGUUCCAGCCCUCCCUCCCAACAUCACCCACCUGUUCCUGGCGAUGAACCACAUCCGAGAGAUCGACAGCAGCUCACUCUCCGGCCUGGAGGAGCUUCAGGUGCUGGACUUGGGCCGGCAGUUCUCCAGGCUCGUGAUCAGGAACGACUCUUUCUUCAGACAGACACGGCUGAAGAAGCUGGUGCUGGGCUUCAACGCCGGCCUCCGACUGGAGCCGCGAGCCUUCCUGGGCUUGUCCGCGCUGCAGAAGCUCCACUUGGAUGCCUGCUCUCUCCAAGAGUCCAUCCUGGAGGACAAGUACCUGGAGCCGCUGACCUCCUUGGAGACGCUGGACCUCUUUGGGAACCGGAUUAGAAGACUGAAGCCAGCGAUGUUCUUCUCCAACUUGACACACUUGAGAGAGUUGAAUCUGAAGUUGAACAGAAUCAACGGAACAUGUGGGACUGAUCUGUCCGGGUUCCGGGGCAAACACUUCACACUGCUGAACCUCAACUCCAACAUGCUUGGGUUAGGUUCCCGAGGGGCGAGGGCUUGUGGGAACCCCUUCCGAGGCAUCUCCUUCCAGACUCUGGACUUGUCCAAUAACGGGUUCUUGACAGCCGACUUCUUCAGAGCCAUUCAAGGAACGAAGAUCCAUGAAAUCCAUCUGUCUGGACCCAUGGGAAGAGGAUCCUCCUCCAAAUUCUUCCAGGAUCCAGACGGCCAAACAUUCCAAGGCCUAGGAAACAGCUCUGUGCGCGUGUUCGACCUUUCUAAAAACUUCAUCUUCGCGCUGCAGGAUGGCGUUUUCAGUCCAUUAAGAGAAGUCCGGACCAUCGAUGUGUCCAAAAACAAAGUCCAACAGAUCCACCACAGGGCUUUUGAGGGUCUGGGAGGCCACCUACAAACCCUCAACCUGUCCUUCAACUCGCUCUGUGAAGUUCAGUCCCACUCCUUCGCCUCUCUGGCAAGUCUGCAGCAGUUGGAUUUGUCGCACAAUAACAUUGGAAUGUUGGGGUUCAACUCCUUCAUGGGGCUUCACAACCUGAAAGAACUUCAUCUGACGGGGAAUUCUCUGCGGCAUCUAGGUGGCGCUGCUUCCAUGCCGAGGUUGGAUGUUCUCAUGUUGAACAACAAUAAGGUGUCUUCACUGUACCGAGUCCCUCAGGUGGCCCCGAACGUCACGCGCCUCAGCCUUCAGGACAACCAGCUGAGCAACCUGGGCGAGGUGCUCCAGCUCCUGCCGCAGCUCCCACUUCUGCAGGUCCUUCUCUCUGGAGGAAACCCAGUCACAUGGUGCUCAACAGCCACCUCAGACUCAGAAAUCGGUUCCAGUCAUUUGCGAGUGCUUGAUCUUCACGACUGCAAUCUACGGUCCAUCUGGUCUGGAGGCCACUGUUUGAACCUGUUUCACAACCUCAGCAACCUGGUGAUUUUGAACUUGAGGUCCAACCGUCUGAAGGACCUGCCGCAGUCGGCCUUUCAGGGUCUCACCUCACUCACCCACGUGGACCUCUCCUCCAACGCGCUGACCUACCUCCAGCCCGACGUCCUUCCCAGCAGUCUGCGAGUUCUUCUGCUGAGCGACAACUUCAUCGCGGCCCCUGACCCGACAGCGUUCACCUGUCUCCGGGUCCUGGACCUGAGGUGGAACCGCUUCCACUGCUCCCCUGCGCUGCAGCACUUCCUCACUUGGCUGAACAACACCACCGUGACGCUCUUGAGCCCAGCAGCGGAGCUUCGGUGUCAGUUUCCGCCGGCUCUCUUCAACGUUUCCCUGAGGGAUUACACUGCUGCCACCCUCAGGAGGUCAGAGGAAAACAUGAUGUAGAAAGGUUUCAGACGGCUCUCAACCUAGCGCCUUAAACCCCUUGGUUGAUUUGGUUUCUCUUUCUCCUUCUUUAAUUUUCAAAGUCAUAUUUGCCUGUAAUGUCCGCAGCUGUUGAUAUCUGAAUAAACAGUGCUCUUAUCUCUCAUCUCUCAUCUAAUGUCAUGGUUCUAUCUUUACUUUGAAUUUUUUUUUCACUUUUUUGUGUCUCGUUUUUCCAGUUCCACAUCAUAUGAAGGCUCUUUUUUCAUCGCUGCUCCUUUCUUCUCACUGGGGUCACGGUAUCACGUGGCCCCUGAGGAAAUUCCCCUGCUCACCGCUGCACUGGUGUGAAGCAGUCAAUGAAGAAUCAAUCAGGAAUCUAUGAAGACGAGUUUGAGCUUGCAAAGAUCAAACUCCAGGAGACCUGGAGGCCUGGAAUGUUGCCGCCUCCCAGUCUUGCUUAACCAUCCUCACGUCCUAUUCCCCGGCUACUCUGCUCUAGCUGAGGGGCCCC